AUGACCAGCUUACGGACAUUUCAGGACGAGAUCGAAGAUAUACGCUUACGCGAGGCUGCCAAACACCGAGUUCAGAACAUCGAAUCGCACAAGGACAAAGAUCACAAGAACCGAGUUCAGAACAUCGAAUCGCACAAAGACAAAGAUCAGAAGAAGCGCGCCGCCGCGAAGCCCGAGGUCCAUGAGGCCCGGGAGCAUGGGAGCGUUGGUGACGGAGGAAAGCAUACAGACUCCGAGGACUUGUCAGAGCUGGACAAACGGCUUCAGACUCUGCUCUUGUCUGGUGUAUCCUCAGACCUCGACCGAGCUCGCGACAUCAUAGCUUCCCUCUUGACACGAAAUAGAGGCGAAUAUAUCUUUCGAAUAGGUGCCCAAUCUCCACACAUUGCUCUAUUUGCAGGCCAACCACUGGAAGGCACUGAUGGCUGGCGGGGAACUCCACGCGCCUCGGAGGAGAUAGACAUCCUACGUGCACGAGUAUCACGACUGGUUGAUGAAGUUGGCGGUCAGAGCUCUGUGCUAUUUGAUACAAGAACAACUCAUCCCCGAGCAGCACUUCUCUUACGACUUCCUGCGCCGGACGUAUCCCUUACUCCCGAGGUUCGCUGCGCUGUGGUCGGGAACGUAGAUAGCGGGAAGUCUACAACAUUAGGUGUCCUCACCCGAGGUACAUUAGAUGAUGGAAGGGGACGAGCACGAGUCAGCUUAUUCAGGCACAAGCACGAGAUUGAGAGCGGGCGUACGUCCAGUGUCGGCAUGGAGAUUUUAGGUUUUGGACCUACUGGUGCUCCGAUUUUACCUAUCACUGCCCUUUCAAACGAUCCAGACGUCAUCCGGCGGGAGAAGAUGGGCUGGGAGGAGAUCUCAGUGCAGGCGGCAAAAAUCGUCUCAUUCAGUGACCUGGCAGGACACGAGCGAUAUCUCAAGACCACAUUAUAUGGCCUAACAUCUGGCGCUCCAUCCUGUGUUAUCCUGAUCGUUGGUGGUAAUGCUGGGCUCAUAGGCAUGUCGAAAGAGCACCUUGCGAUAGCCUUGGCUCUGAAUGUUCCCGUGGUGGUAUGUAUAACUAAGAUCGACAUGACGCCACCAAACGUGCUGGAGAAAACCAUCCAACAGGUGUCCAAGAUCAUGAAAAGCCCUGGAUGCCGAAAAACUCCGGUUUUUGUGAAGUCUUUCGAGACCGCUGUCGAAGUUUCUCAGGUCUUUGCUAAGGAGAGGAUCUGCCCAACGUUCCAAGUAUCUAAUGUCACAGGAGAAGGUCUGGACUACUUGCGUAUGUUCCUUAAUCUGCUGCCUUCCAGCGAAGGUGACAGCGAGCGAUUCCAGGCGGAUCAGCCAUUAGAGUACUCCAUCACUGAAGUAUGGUCUGUGCCGUAUGUUGGGACUGUCGUGGACGGUAUCUUGAAUAGUGGGAAAAUCAAAGCUGGCGAUGCUGUUCUCUUUGGACCGGAUUCUAACGGAAACUUCGAGAGCACUACCGUUAAGAGCAUACAGCGAAAAAGGGCUCCAGUCGUCAGCGCUGAAGCCGGACAGUGCGUCUCUCUGGCGCUGAAACGUGUGCGCAAAGCAGCUGUGCGUAAAGGCAUGGUACUUGUGCAUAAAUCGGACGCCCCGCCAAGAGCUGUGCGGAAAUUCGAAGGACAAGUCCUCAUCCUCUAUCACAAUACAACGUUGCAGAACAAUUAUCAGGCCAUGCUUCAUUGUGGUGCCGUGCGCCAAACUGUUCGAAUAGUAGGGAUGGACCAUCCGCAAGGGGUCCUACGCACCGGCGACCGCGCAACUGUGACCUUUGAGUUCAUCUCGCAACCAGAAUUCAUCAAGGAGGGGAUGAAGCUUCUAUUCAGAGAAGGGAAGACGAAGGGACUCGGUGUAAUAACACGAUUAUUGUGA